GUCGACAGACGAUGUCACUAUCCGCAAAAGGCGGGCCGCCGCAGCCUGCGAGCGCAUCCCGAUCCCCGAUCGAGCGCCCCCAGCUUCUAUGGGGAGACGCUGCACGAGACGGGCUCAAACUACGCGCAGUCGCUGCCGGUAGACCUCGCCGACCUCGCGGAUAUCGAAGCCGCGGGCUCAACGUAUUCAGACCUGCCGCACGCCAUCACAACGGACAUGGACGGCAAUGAGGCCGACGACGAGUACACCGCUCAGGACGCCGUGUCCGUGGCCGACUCCCGGUCCGUGACGGCGUCCCAGUAUGAAGCCAUGAUUCACGACGAGCUGGAGAGGGAGUGGAUCCUCAACCUCAGCAUGCACUUUAGGGACCGGUCGAAGCGGGAAAAGUUCUUCGUCACGUACCGCGAGCAGGAGCACAUGUGGCGCCGCGUCACCGUCUCGCUCGACUACCGCGACGCGCCCGAGAACUCGCUCGAGUGGGAUCUCAACCACACAAAGUACCAGCGGGACAAGAGCGCCAAGAUUUACGAGGCCAUCCGCGAGAGCCUGCCCGACAUACAGUUCUACGACACCGUGACCAACCUCAAGCUCGAGACGACCGACGGGAGGCUGCAUGUCCACGUGGUGGAAGAUGGCAAUGAAAUCAUCCACUAUCCAACCGUCAGCCAGGUUCGGCAUCUAGGCUGCAAGCGAGUCAAGGAGCGAGACAUUGUCUUCGACUCCCACAUGUCCGGCUUUGUCUACAAGGUCAGCGUGCAGGGCCACAUGCUCAUCAAGAAGGAGAUUCCCAGUCCCGACACCGUCGAGGAGUUUCUUUACGAAGUGAACGCCCUCAACGGCCUGAAAUUCUCGAGGCACGUCAUUGACUUUUACGGCGUCGUCGUCGACGACAAUGACGAGCAUGUCAAGGGCCUGCUCAUCAGCUUUGCCGGCCAAGGCGCCCUGAUCGACAUCAUCUUUGAGAACUGCAAGGAAAACAACAUUGGCCUCCCCUGGGAAACGAGGGAGAGGUGGGCAAGGCAGAUUGUGCAGGGGCUGGCGGACGUGCACGAAUCGGGCUUUGUCCAGGGCGACUUUACGCUGUCCAACAUUGUCAUUGACGACAACGGCGAUGCCAAGAUCAUCGACAUCAACCGCCGCGGCUGCCCCGUGGGCUGGGAGCCUCCCGAGGCGACGGCCCUGAUCGAGUCCAACCAGCGGCUGUCCAUGUACAUUGGCGUCAAGUCGGACCUGUACCAGCUCGGCAUGGUGCUCUGGGGGCUUGCCAUGCUCGAGGACGAGCCCGAGACCCAGGGGCGGCCGCUGAUGCUGGGGCCGGAGAUUAACGUGCCCGACUGGUAUCGACAGAUGACGGAGAUUUGCCUCAGCGACGACCCGCGAAUGAGGUUACAGGCGGCGUCGCUGCUGCGAAUGUUCCCCCGCGUCAUCCCGGGCGACGAGCACAGCGAUGCCUUGCACUCUGACCAGGAGCCGGUCCGCAUGGAUAACGUUGCCAUGACGCGUGAGUAUUCCUCGGACGGCUACGAUAUCGAUCACCACGCAACGAGAGCGGCCGACCGCGAAUGGACCUACUCGGGCUCGGCAUAUGCCGACAGUGGGCUCCUCCCCUACGACCAGAACUACUCUGCACGAGGCCGGUCACCACCGAGUGCGCUGCCCAGCGACACGGAGGGC